CUCCCUAUUUUCCCCUAUUUCCAUUCCAACUUCAAUCAUAGCGUAAGAUUUACACCCAACCCAAACACAAAAAAAUCCUCCAAAUACAGAUAUAUAAAUACAGAAAAUAUUGAUUUAUACGAAUUUAUCACUCAAUUCUCUUGAAUCUCAAUUUUUUGUUUCAAUUUUGCUAGCAUACAUCCCAAAAAUAUAAUAUUACUAAAAAACCCUAAAUAUGCCAAUGAAGAAAGGAGCUAAGCGUAAGGCUGCAGCAGCUGCUGCUGCCGCUGCCGAAGCUGCCAAGGAUGAAACAGCAGCUGCACCACCGGCUGAUUCCACCGUCGCCGCCAAUGGAGCAACCGUCGAAGAAAUUAAGGAACCUGCGAAAGUUGGCCGGAAACCUAAACGCCCUAAGCUUUCAAAACCUGAAUCAGAACCUGAGUACUUUGAUGACCAGCGUGAAUUGGAGGAUUUGUGGAAGCAGGUCUUCCCCGUUGGAACGGAGUGGGACCAACUCGAUUUGCUAUCUGAAUACAAAUGGAAUUUUAAAAAUCUAGAAGAUGCAUUUGACGAGGGAGGUGUGUUACACGGGAAGAAAGUCUACCUCUUCAGCUGUACUGAGCCACAAUUGCUAUUUUAUCAGGGUCAAUCUAAAGUGACAUGCAUACCUGUGGUGGUUGCGAUUGACUCUCCAUUUCCACCUUCCGAUAAGAUUGGAAUCAACUCUGUACAAAGGGAGUCGGAAGAAAUUCUUGACAUGAAGCAAAUGAAAAUGGACUGGGUUCCAUAUAUUCCUUUAGGAAAACGGACUUCAUCACUUGAAAGACAUAAAUCUCAAAUCUAUAUUCUAAGCUGUGUUCAGAGAAGGGCUGGUUUAAAGCAUAUGAAACUGGAUCGUGUUAAGAAAUUUGAAUACUGCUUGCCAUACUUUUAUCACCCGUUGAAGGAAGAUGAGACAGAACAGAGUACCAUUGUGGAUAUCAUGUAUCCAAUUGAACCUAAGCCUGUUGUCUGUGAGUUUGAUUGGGAUAUGGAUGAUCUAGAGGAAUUCACUACUGAGCUAAUUUCUGCGGAGGAGUUAUCUGAAGAUCAGAAGGAUGCCUUCAAGGAGUUUGUCAAGGAAAAAGUUCGAGAAGGAAAGAGGGCUAACCGUGAGGCUAGGGAAAAGCGAAAGAAGGCUCGUGAGGAAAUGAGUCAAGAGAAAGUCGCUGCAUUUCAGAACAUGAAGUUUUAUAAAUUUUAUCCUGUUGCAACACCUGAUACCCCAGAUGUCUCGAGUGUCAAGUCUCCAUUCAUAAAUAGGUAUUAUGGCAAGGCGCAUGAAGUACUUUGAUUGGAAUCCUGCAAUGUGUACCUUACGUUCUUUGUACCUCUAAAGUUUGCUGUUAAAGAAUGCUUGCGGCAAUGCCUUCUUUACAUUCACCCUAUACAAGCACAGAUUGUCUUUGUCUAUCGAAUACAUUCACCUUGUAAGAGUUUCUAUUUUGUAGUGUUCAAAAGAAGGUUUAAAAGAGAGUAGGAAACUUGGCACAAAUGAGCCGUUUGUGUAACCUCAUGACUUGAUAUAUUUGUAGCUUUAGGAAUUUUGUUCUAAAUAUUUGAAAUUUAUUUUA